UAUCCUUCAUGGCCUGCAGCUCGUGAGUCACCCGCAGCACUUCGCUCUUCAUUAUCUUUAUCUCGCUGUCGAGGAGACGAGUCCGCUGAACUAUCUCAUCUGUGGACAUUUUUAACACUUCUUCGCCGAUUCCAUCUUCCACCUCGUCCCAAACUGAUUUGUCACUCAGCGACGCCAUCUUUGCUCUAACUGCGUUGAACUGUGACACGCCGGAAGUUAAAGCUUCUUCUUCCGGAAGUAGUUAGUCGAAGACGCUCGUGAGCGCCGAAGCACAAGAGCGAGGAUCAAACAAACCUGAAGCUGCAUUAACUCCGUCCCUGUGCUGGUCUGAACUGCAAGAGUGUGAGUGCACAACAUAGCUGUCAGGGAGACGAGAAGAGGGCGUUUCUGCAGUCGUCCACUGUGGUCGUUGGUGCUUUUCUACUGUAUUAUAGACUCUACAGGCACAGCUUUGAGGCACCUGCUGUGUGAAGUUACUUCCUGCUUUUGGGUGGCAGUGAACUAACACAAGGAGCUGAAGAGAUGGACCAGAACAACAGUGUACCUCCCUUCCAGGGGCAGGCCUCUCCUCAGGGUGCCAUGACUCCAGGCAUGUCGAUAUUCAGUCCCAUGAUGCCAUAUGGCUCAGGCCUGACCCCCCAGCCCGUCCAGAACACCAAUAGUUUGUCUAUACUGGAGGAACAGCAGAGGCAACAACAGCAGCAACAGGCACAGCAGGCAAACGCAGGCCUUCCUGGAACGUCGGGGCAGACCCCUCAGCUUUAUCAUUCCCAGGCGGUUGCAGGCUCGACCACCACAGCGCUGCCAGGAAACACCCCGCUCUACAGCACGCCGUUGACCCCCAUGACCCCCGUCACACCGUCCACACCAGCCUCGGAGAGCUCUGGAAUAGUACCACAACUACAAAACAUAGUAUCGACUGUAAAUCUGGGCUGUAAGCUGGACUUGAAGACCAUUGCCCUGAGAGCCAGGAAUGCAGAGUACAACCCAAAGCGUUUUGCUGCGGUCAUCAUGAGAAUACGAGAGCCCAGGACCACCGCUCUCAUCUUCAGCUCUGGGAAGAUGGUCUGCACUGGAGCCAAGAGUGAGGAGCAGUCGAGGUUAGCUGCCAGAAAAUACGCUCGUGUGGUGCAGAAGCUCGGUUUUCCUGCAAAGUUCCUGGACUUCAAGAUUCAGAACAUGGUGGGAAGCUGCGAUGUGAAGUUCCCCAUUCGUCUGGAAGGAUUAGUCCUCACACAUCAGCAGUUUAGCAGCUAUGAACCGGAGCUGUUUCCAGGACUGAUUUACAGAAUGAUCAAACCUAGAAUUGUCCUGCUCAUCUUUGUCUCUGGGAAAGUUGUACUCACAGGUGCCAAGGUGAGAGGAGAGAUCUACGAAGCGUUUGAAAACAUCUAUCCCAUCCUGAAAGGCUUCCGCAAGACGACGUAGAACCCGCCGCUCCUUCUUUCACCUUCAUCACCGACUCUUUUUUUUUUUUUAAUUUUUUUUUUUUAUAAAUUCACAAGAAUCAUCUAUAUGUUGACCUCUACAGAUGGACUGUUGUACAGGGAUGCGAGUCCUCUAUUUUUUAUUUAUUUUUUUGUCCCCCUAGAUUUUUUGAGUAACAGGAUUUUUACAGGUUCUUUUUUUCUUGCCAUGUUUUGAUCACAAGCAACGGCAUCUUCUUCACACAGACCUCUCCGUGUAUUUUAAACCCAGUUAUUUUUAGCUUUUUCUGUUGUGCUGUUCACAUCCCUGAUUGUACAUAAGACUGUAAAGAAAUGUAAAAAGUGCUGAUUAGAAGAGAAACAGUCUGACUCAGACUGCUUUUAUUUGAAGCCAUUUUAAAUAGUUUUGUACGUUGCAUUUUUAUAAAUUGCCCACUCAGUCCCCAAAUUAUAACAAGACGUGUUCGGGUCUGUCGGCCCCACAUUCCUCUUAACAGUAUUUUUAAGAUUUUAGUUUGAGUGACUGUUUAUCUCAAACCUUUUUGCGAGUUUGAUCUUCAUGUCUUUUACAUUUAAAUCUAUCUGAUCUUGAUUCAGCUUCAUCCUGACUACAUGAAUGCUUGAAGUGGAUUCCCCUCUAAAUUCAAACAUUUUGACAUGUGAAAUACUGUCUAGUCUGUUAAUCUGUAACUGAAGGUGGAUGCUCUUAAACAGAAGUUAAACUAAAUUGAUCCAUGUCCUGCUACUUAAGUUGUCAUCAAGUUCUUUGACAUUUGUGUCACUGGGUUUGGACUAUAUUUGUACUCAUAAAUCAACCAGAACAUGAAGAAGACGCCGUUGAUUUUAAAGUAGACGUCCUCUUCUUUUACUUAUCCUAACCUCUUGCAUCUUAUAUUCAGGAGCACUAAAAGAUGUCUGAUAAACUAAGCAUUCUGUUGCCAUGCUUAUGUAUUGUUUAAAUUUUUUGCCCAUUCAUAUUUAAAUUUUCUUUUGAAGAAUUAUUUUUGUGCCAAGGAAAAUGUGACUCUGUCCUGGUCGUCCAUACUGUGUGCUCAGCCACAAGAUUUUUGGCACUUUAUGGUGAGCUGGUUGUGGCAACGGUCAGCUUCACCAUCUGUGUGUCUUCCACCCCGACGUCUGUCUGGGCAGCAGAAGAGGACGGGGAUUAAUCAAUACUUUCCUCUGUGACUCUGGAGUUCAGCAGGAGACCAGGAAGCCCCGUCACUCAUUUCAAAGCAAUUGUUCUUCUGAAAUUGUUGAUGUGCUGCGCAUUAAUAAAUGUGUACAUACAGGCUGUUAAA